AUGAGCACCUUUAAGGGUUUUGCUCUUCCAAACAACGAAAGCUUUCUUUUGGUGUCAGAGUAUGAUUUCCACCAAAAACUGGCAUCCAAGGAUGAAUUAAUCGUUAAACUGAGACAAGAUUUAGCGCAGAGAGAGGCUGAAAUGGAAAACAUCAGAUCUUCUCUGCAGCAGUUACAGGAAACCACGAAAAACAAGGAAAAGAAAUGGAGGCUAGAGAAACGGAGUUUCCUGUAUGAAAAACAGGAUAUGUCCGAUCGUUUGGAACAAGAAACAACCAGGUUCCAACAAGAACUGAACUCUGAAAGAGAAAAAUCAGUUCAGCUUGAAAAUCACAUCAAACAUCUUGAGAGCGAAAACAAGAAGCAUCUCGCUGAAAUGAAAGACCAAAGAACUGCGUUAAAAAAGGCCACCGACCGUACUACGCAACUGGAACUAUCUUUGAUGGCUGAAAAACAAGAGACUGAACAGAUGGAGAAAUCUCUGGACCGUUCAAAGAAAUACAUUGAAGAACAAGAGAAAGKAUGGAACGAAGAAAGAACAGGCCUCCUUGUUCAGCAGUACCAGAUGUGUGCCCAAUACGAACGAGCUGCCGCCAAAAUACGAGAGACUCUGCUGUCUGAGAGACGAGAUUUAGAGCAUUCACAACACCAGGUGAGGCUUCUGGAAACCUCACACAAAGCAAAAUGUGCUGAACUUCAGCAAGUAAUAGAGGAAAAGUCCUCAGCAAUCACACACUUAGAAGAGUCUCUAAGAACAGAACAAGUUAGUACCAAACAGCUCGAGAUUUCUUUAACCCAGAAACAGGACGAAACACAAACCAUCAGGGAAUCAUUGGAGCAUUUACAGAAAAUCAUACGAGAACAGGAAGAGAGCGAAAAGAUGAAAAAGAAACCCAAAAAAAUCACUUGGUUCAAGUUGUUUAAAAGAAAGACCCCCGCUCCGCCUGACGCCUCGCUUCCUCCGUCCUCAUAACUUUGGAAUAAUUUAACUGGUUUUUUACAAAUAUUUAUUAAUAUUUAUUAAUUUAUAUUUAUUA